AUGAAAGAAAUAAACAUAAACAGUGUGAAUCAUGCGGAGCUGCUGACCGGCCAGCUGCCCGAGCCGGCUCCCGUGCCGGUUGUAGGCAAACCGAUUGAGCUGAUGGCCACCAAUGGUGACGACGACGACGCUGGAAAGCCACCGCCGGCGCCACCGCUCGAUGGGAAAGCGAGCAAUCAAAUUCAGGCCCUGCUGGAGCGUCAUGAAAAUCCACCCGAUGGCGUCCUGGUCGGCUCGAGCCUGCAUCGCCCGUGUCGGACGUUUUCCCCGAUCAGUGGCGUUUCGAAGCUGCUUAAGAAUCUCUAUCUGUGCGGCGGAAGUGCAGCGUCGGUCGCCAUGAUGCAGCAGCUCGGCGUGACGUUCGUUAUCAACGUGACGGGCGUUACGGAGUUGACCGAUACGCCGCUGCCAGCGGAGGACACACGUUAUCUGCGGAUUCCGGUGAAGGACAACCGGGAGGCGAACCUGGAGCGCUACUUCGAUGAGGUGGCGGACAUGAUCGAGAAGGAGUCCAAUGCUGGUGGCGUUACCCUGGUGCACUGUGUGGCCGGAAUCAGCCGAUCGGCCACCAUCUGCCUCGCCUACCUGAUGCGGUACCAUCGUAUGACCCUCAAGGACGCCUACAACCACAUCAAGGCCAAGCGGCCGCAGAUCCGGCCGAACGUGUCCUUCGUCAAGCAGCUGAUGGACUACGAGCAGAAGCUGUACGGCGCGGCCACCGUCACGAUGGUCUACUGUCACGCACUCGACCAGGAGCUGCCGGACAUCUACGAGCCCGAGUUCCGCACGAUGGAGAUGCUGUACCAGAAGUUCCGGCGAAACAUUGCGCGCCGCUAAGCGCUGCUGGUGUGGUUUCUUUUUCCCACAGCAUCGACAACUAUUCCACUUAUUCCCUGUAACGUUUAGAGUACACACGCUUACGAGGUGACACUUUCAUACCGCGAACGGAAGCACACUCGGCGCGAAGGCACACUCGGCGGAUUCUACUGAUUUAUGAUAGUAUUCUUAUUGUAAUAACUACUCUCUUUUUAAUCCUUAAACUAGUCGCUAAGCGGGGCGCUAAGGCGCCUUUACCAGCUAUCCCCCGAUUUGCAUGCACAUUGUAUGUACUAAAACCGGUUACUCUUAUUUAACUCUAGCCCUUAAGGAAGCGAGGAAGACAGCGCGAAUUAUUCUAGACAGA